AUGGAGGGCCACGGACCUAAUCGCGUCUCCCGACUGGCUUUCCAUCCGUCCGGUCGUUUCCUCGGCACCACUUGCUUUGACCACUCCUGGCGCCUCUGGGACUUGGAGGUGUGCGAGGAGGUCCUCCACCAGGAAGGGCACUCGAAGGCUGUCUACGACAUCGCGUUCCAUCCAGAUGGCUCUCUGGCUCUGACUGCCGGUCUUGACAGUUUCGGAAGGCUUUGGGACUUGCGAACUGGUCGCUGCAUCAUGUUUCUUGAGGGGCAUUUGGAAGAGAUGCUGGGUGUGGACAUCGCAGCCAACGGCUAUCACGCGGCNCAUCAGUCGGUAGCCUCAGUGAAUGUUGUCUGGGACGCCUCAACGACCCUAUUGAGGGACGCGCUACUUACCUCCCCGCCUAUCCUCAAUCCCAAAAUAGGCCGAUAG